AUGGCAUCUGCUCAACAUUUCAACCAUGACUCUCUCCUCCGCUAUUGUUCUUCCAACGUUUCUGACUUCCCUUCUUCCCCCACCCAUUUCAAUCUUUCUCAGUUUGGACAUGGACAGUCUAAUCCCACAUACUUGAUGGAAGUUGGUUCAAAUGGAUCCGUUGUGAAGAAAUAUGUUCUUAGGAAAAAGCCUCCUGGGAAAUUGUUGGCUUCAGCUCAUGCUGUUGAAAGAGAGUUUCUGGUUCUCCAGGCUAUAGGCAAUAAUACCAAAGUUCCAGUUCCCCGAGUUUUAUGUUUGUGCAAUGAUCCAUCUGUUAUUGGAACAGCAUUUUAUAUUAUGGAGUAUUUGGACGGACGGAUAUUCUUUGAUCCCAAACUACCAGGUCUGUCAGCAGAGAGUAGGAGAGCAAUUUAUCGCGAAACUGCUAAGACCUUAGCUUCAUUACAUUCUGUUAACGUAGAUUCCAUUGGUCUUGGAAAUUACGGGCGGCGUAAUGAUUAUUGCAAAAGACAGAUUGAGAGAUGGGGUAAGCAAUAUGUGUCUUCAACCAGUGAGGGUAAACCUGCAAGCAACCCGAAAAUGUUUGCGUUGAUUGAUUGGCUACGAAAUCACAUCCCUUCCGAAGAUUCUUCUGGAGCAACAGCAGGUUUGGUUCAUGGAGAUUUUCGCAUUGACAAUCUUGUGUUCCAUCCUACAGAGGAUCGAGUAAUCGGUGUACUUGACUGGGAACUAUCUACCCUUGGAAACCAAAUGUGUGAUGUUGCAUAUAUCUUAAUGUCUUACAUUAAAGAUAUUGGGCAAGUAAAAGUACAGGAAGGUAUGGAACGUUCGGGAUUACCAGCGGGAAUUCCACCGCUACCAGAAUUUUUGGCUGAAUAUUGCUCUCUGGCAGGAAGAAAAUGGCCUGUUGCUGAAUGGAAGUUCUAUGUCGCCUUUUCUUUUUUCCGCGGAGCUUCAAUUUAUGCCGGAGUGUAUAAUAGAUGGGUUAAGGGCAAUGCAUCUGGCGGUGAGCGUGCUCGUUACACAGAAGUACUAGCUAAUGGCCUUAUUGAUGCUGCUUGGGAAUUUAUUGAACGUAAAUUUGUGCUUCCCGAGCGUCCUCCAUCAGGUGUAAAUGCGAAAGAGUUAGUAGUGAAGAGUAUCGAUACACAGGACCUCUCAAGUGAAGGGAGGUUUGCUCUUAGAAAAGAGGUUUUAGUGCUGAGGAAUAAAAUAGUUAAGUUCAUCGAGGAACACGUAUACCCCCUUGAAGACGAAUUCGCUAAACUUGCUCAUUCAGAAGCACGUUGGACUAUUCACCCAGCAGAGGAAAAAUUGAAGGAGUUAGCAAAGAAAGAAGGCUUGUGGAACUUAUGGAUUCCUGUUGAUAGUGCUGCAAGAGCGAAAAAAAUUCUAUUUGAUGGGAGCAAUAAUAAUCUUUCUACUGAUUCAAAUGACUUGUUGUUGGGUGCUGGUUUAACAAAUCUCGAAUAUGGAUACUUGUGUGAGUUCAUGGGCCGUUCUGUUUGGGCUCCACAAAUAUUUAACUGUGGUGCACCCGACACGGGUAAUAUGGAGGUUUUAUUGCGCAAUGGAAAUAAAGAACAAAUGCUUAAAUGGCUUAUUCCUUUGCUUGAGGGGAAGAUUAGGUCUGGAUUUGCUAUGACAGAACCACAAAUUGCAUCUUCUGAUGCAACCAAUAUUGAGUGUUCCAUAAAAAGGCAAGGAGAUUCAUAUAUUAUAAACGGGACUAAAUGGUGGACUAGUGGUGCUAUGGAUCCAAGAUGCAAGAUCCUCAUACUCAUGGGAAAAACUGACUUCAAUGCGCCGAGGCAUAAACAACAAUCAAUGAUCUUAGUGGAUCCUCAGACUCCUGGUGUUCACAUUAAGAGACCUCUGACAGUGUUUGGCUUCGACGACGCGCCUCAUGGACAUGCAGAAAUAGUAUUUGAGAAUGUUCGUGUGCCUGCCUCAAAUAUCUUAAUGGGCGAAGGACGUGGAUUUGAGAUCGCUCAAGCUCGGCUAGGUCCUGGAAGGCUGCACCAUUGUAUGAGACUGAUAGGCGCUGCCGAGCGAGGCAUGCAACUGAUGGCUCACAGAGCUCUUAGUAGGAAAGCUUUUGGGAAAAUGAUUGCUCAACAUGGCUCAUUUAUUUCAGAUUUGGCCAAGUGCCGAGUCGAGCUAGAGAAGACUAGGUUACUUGUGUUGGAAGCCGCAGACCAGCUUGAUCGAUAUGGAAACAAAAAAGCUCGAGGGAUAAUCGCAAUGGCUAAGGUAGCUGCACCACAAAUGGGAUUAAUGGUACUUGACAUGGCGAUUCAAGUGCAUGGAGCGGCUGGCGUAUCGUCUGACACUGUCCUGGCACAUCUGUGGGCAACCGCAAGGACGUUGAGAAUCGCUGACGGUCCGGACGAAGUUCACUUGGGUACCAUAGGCAAGCUAGAAUUAGAAAUACAAAGAGCCAAACUUUGA